GUUGCAGGGCAGUUGUGGCGCAGCUCUAUUCACUUGAAUAGGCUGUGUUUGUAUGACCAGGGGCGGACUGACAACUCAUGGGGCCCCCGGGCAAUAGGGGAUCAUGGGGCCUCUGUGUCCUUGCCCAAACUCAAAAAAACCUAUGAAAAAGGUAGCAGGGGGCAUCUCAUGGGGCCCCCUACUGACCCCGGGCCCUCGGGCAGUGUCCGUGUUUCCAAAUGGUCAGUCUGCCCCUAAGUAUGACAGUGCUCAUUUUUCAUGCAUUUUCAUGCUACAUGCAUU